UGACGUCGGGCCGCUGUUGAGGCCCUGUGGAGGAUAGCCGCGGCCCCUCCUCCCAGAGCAGCCGCCUUUUCCCGCGUGAGCUGCCUCUGCUGCUUGGGCCGCCGCGGGGAAAUAUGGCGUCUGCCCUGGAGCAAUUCGUGAACAGUGUCCGACAGCUCUCGGCUCAAGGGCAAAUGACUCAGCUUUGUGAACUGAUCAACAAGAGUGGGGAACUCCUUGCAAAGAACUUAUCCCAUCUGGACACCGUGCUGGGGGCUCUGGAUGUACAAGAGCAUUCCUUAGGCGUCCUUGCUGUUUUGUUUGUGAAGUUUUCCAUGCCUAGCGUUCCUGACUUCGAAACAUUAUUCUCACAGGUUCAGCUUUUCAUCAGCACUUGUAAUGGGGAGCACAUCCGAUACGCAACAGACACUUUUGCUGGGCUUUGCCAUCAGCUGACAAACGCGCUUGUGGAAAGGAAACAGCCCCUGCGAGGAAUCAGCAUCCUUAAGCAAGCCAUAGACAAGAUGCAGAUGAAUACAAACCAGCUGACCUCAAUACAUGCCGAUCUCUGCCAGCUUUGUUUGCUGGCAAAAUGCUUUAAGCCUGCCCUCCCGUAUCUUGAUGUAGACAUGAUGGAUAUCUGUAAAGAGAAUGGAGCCUAUGAUGCAAAGCACUUUUUAUGUUACUAUUAUUAUGGAGGGAUGAUCUAUACCGGGCUGAAGAACUUUGAAAGAGCGCUGUACUUUUAUGAACAGGCUAUAACUACUCCUGCCAUGGCGGUCAGUCACAUCAUGUUGGAAUCAUAUAAAAAGUAUAUUCUAGUUUCUUUGAUAUUACUUGGAAAAGUACAACAGCUACCGAAAUACACGUCUCAAAUUGUGGGUAGAUUCAUUAAGCCUCUUAGCAACGCGUACCAUGAGUUAGCACAAGUUUAUUCAACCAAUAAUCCCUCAGAACUCCGCAACCUGGUCAACAAGCACAGUGAAACUUUUACUCGCGAUAACAACAUGGGGCUGGUGAAGCAAUGCCUGUCUUCUCUUUAUAAGAAGAAUAUUCAGAGGCUAACCAAGACCUUUUUAACAUUAUCGUUACAAGAUAUGGCAAGUCGUGUGCAGUUAUCUGGACCUCAGGAGGCAGAGAAAUAUGUCCUACACAUGAUAGAGGAUGGUGAAAUUUUUGCAAGUAUUAAUCAGAAGGAUGGAAUGGUCAGUUUCCAUGAUAACCCUGAAAAAUAUAAUAACCCAGCCAUGCUUCAUAACAUCGAUCAAGAGAUGCUGAAGUGCAUAGAGCUGGAUGAGCGACUGAAGGCCAUGGACCAGGAGAUCACAGUGAACCCCCAGUUCGUACAGAAGAGCAUGGGAUCACAAGAAGAUGAUUCUGGAAACAAACCAUCUAGUUACUCUUGAAACUAACAUCCAUCCUGAGUUAGAUGGAAUUUAUCACCUUGGCCAGUGGCAAGUGUUAGGAGGGCAGCAGGGAGGACCAAGCCUGUGUGACCUGGACAUUAAGAAAUUACAUUUUGUUUUGACAUCUUCAGUCCUAUGUGCUUUAAGAAAACCAUUCUCUCUGCAAAGAAAGGAAAAAAAAUUCAAACUUUAAAGUCUGUUGUGGAUUUAUUUAUCCUGAGAUUAAUGUUGUUGCAUUAAAUCUACAUUUUUGUUUUAAAUUACUUGAA